AUGGCAAGUGGUGGAGCAUCUUCAGCGGUGGUAGAUCGCGUGUAUGAUGUCAUCAUUGCCGGCGCAGGUCUCUCGGGUUUGACCACAGCAAUGCGCAUGUUGGAGCAACGCCCUCAAACGAGUGUUCUCUUGCUGGAAAGCAGCGCGCACCGCAUCGGGGGACGCAUUCUGUCGCCGCAGGGCGCGGACCUUGGACCCGCGUGGAUUUGGCCACACGCACAGCCGCGUAUGAUGCGCCUACUACGAGAUUUGGAUCAGCAAAAUUCAUCAGCUACUCCUGGGCAAGCCAGGGAUAACGAUUCCAAAAAGAAUAAUCGGAAACCGUUGUUACCCCUGAUACCUCAAGAAAGUGGAUUCGGCGGAGAAGCUCGCAUGCGAGGAGGCCUUGGCAGGUUGAUUGAAGAGCUGAAGAGGCGUGUAGAGCAGGACGUGGAUCAGGAGAUGGAUGCUAAAGUAGUCAAGAUCGUAGAAGAGCAACAUAUUUCUCAUAGGGGGACUAGUGGUUCCGAAGAUGUGUCGAGGACGUCUCCGUCGGGUGCUGGUGCUAUUGAAACGGCUGCAGACACAGGUGGAACUCGCCCAACAGUGGUUGCCGUGCACACAGCUGACGGGCGCGUUUUUCGUGCACGACAGGUGGUUCUGGCUUUCCCACCCAAAAAGGUGCUGAGUGACGUGAAAUUCGCUCAGAAUGACGGUAAAAACGGCUUGGAAGUGGAAAACAACACGCCGUUGAACCUGUCGCGCCACGUAAAGCAGCAAAUGGCGAAUCAGCCGGUUUGGAUGGGCCCAGCGGGAAAAAUUGCUUUGUUUUAUCGAGAAAAGUGGUGGAGUCCGGAUGCAUUGAUGCGAACGCAAUUACCCUUACCACGGGGCACGGGGACUGGCGACUCGUACUCGAAGAUCCACCCGCAACAUCAACCGCACGCCUUUCAGGCCUACGACGCUGGGAGCGUUAUCGUGGACGGUGAGCCAAUGCAUGUUUUGGUCGCCUUUGUGGCCCUGGGCAGCAACAACCAGAGCCUCCUUGCACAAGAUUAUCAAGCCUGGACACAAAAGUACGUUAGUGGCAACGGAAAACAUGCGGAAACCAUCGUCGAUAACGGCAGCACAGCCUAUCAAAAGCUGGUUCUAGCGAACGUGUUAGAGCAAUUAGGGCGUGUUUCUAUGUUAAUUUCUGCUAGUAAAGGAAAUACAUUAGGCGCAGAGCCUUCAAACAGUUACGCUCCUUCCCCGGAUAUGGUCACAUUCAAGGCGUGGCGUAAUGACACAGACAUUAUGCCGGAGAGUGACCAGAAUAUGGCCUUUCCCCAACACCCGCAUGGCAUUCGCGGACUCAACAAUGACCAUCCUGGACGAGCUAUCUGGUUCGCGAGCUCAGAAGCCGCAGAAGACUGGACGGGCAUGCUGGAGGGUGCAGUGAUUGCUGGAGAGCUAGCGGCAGACGUCGUUAUAGAGAAGUUGCAGGAGACGGCAAGUGAUGUGGAGUUGCAGGAAAAGAAAAUCCAAUAUCAAAGAAGAGACGGCAAGUGAUAUGGAGUUGUAGGAAAAGAAAAUCCAAUAUUAUAUACUAUAGAAGUAUAAUGGAUGAAAGAAGUAGAAGUAAGCAGAAGCACAUCACGCACGUUCGGUCUAUAUGUCUAUGUGCAUUAAGUACCUAUACGGUGCAGAGAAAAACUACCAAUUUGACAAUAUUACCUAGACUCCAAUAAAUUAAGAAUAUGGCAAUAUUAGACUAAAUUACAAGAGCAAGGCCAACUACAUGAUUGAGCUUACGUCGUAUUUCGUCGGCUGCGAAAGCAACGUUUCGAUCUAUGCGAUGUUGACGUACCAGAAACCUUUUCGAUCUAUGCGAUGUUGACCCAGUAUAUGGCAUGGAACUACAUUACAAUAAUAGAAUUGUGUCGUGGAAGAGAUGACGGAUGACUCAGUUUUCUGACGUAUCUAUUGUGCGUCAAACAGUGUUCUGAAACCAGAAGGCCCAGACCUAUUAUGACUGUUUCUCAGCUAGUGCAGCGAGAAUUUUGUUCAUGGCAGAGGCAAUGUGACAAAUCAGCACUAGGCAGUAAGGUCGUGUAAAAAGAAUGGGGCCACAGACUUCGCUGAAUGAACAGAAAAGGGAGUCUCCCCCGUGUUUGUUGAGGAGUAGGCUUGUCCGUAUCGGUGGCAAUAAUCGGCAGCAAUUACAGUUUUUUCCAAAUGAGAUUGAACGAGCAGUUAGUGUAAAAAGGGCAACGAGAGACAGAGAACGAGAAUGCGCGCAUGAUCGUCGGAAACACUGUGCUUUCGCAGUAAAAAAAGCCCGAAAUCGGUGGAACUGCUAAGUCGUCGAUUCGUUUCGAAGUGUUUCUAGGAGAUUUCAGUAUCAGUUUAGUGUUUCAGUGUCCUUUUAACGAGAAAGAAAGAAGUUCGCUGACCAGUGACCACGAGACUUCAAUUCAAAAGGUACACAUUCAUACAUUCGCCGUGAAAACCCAAGCCUCCGUCGCAUCAACAAUGUUAGAGUCUGCGCCGAUUUAUCUACUCUUUUGAAACAAGAAACUGAAGUGAAUAUGUAUAAGUACAACGAAAGUGACCCAAAUUGAUGAAAAUUCGCAUUAUCUUCUCUGCACCCAUAAAAUCCACACAGCUCUUUGAAACAACACAGUUGAACUCAGACAUUCUGUAUCUAUUGGGAACUCGUGUUUUCCCCUUCCGAAUAUACUCUUGUUGAGAAGAAGAUGGCAACGUGACUGACAGGUGCAUACCUGUUUCCCUUUCCGAUUAUCCACCGGAACGAUUAUCAGCCGGAAUUAAUCGCUUUUGCAGGUCGUAUCUGCAGCUUUUUCCAGCUUCACCGACAAGAAUGACAGUAAGCCAUUCUUUACCGGCUGCAGUUGCGCCUCCGGUUUCGUCGCCUCGAAGGCGACAGCGCUCGGAACUUCUCUCGUCGACGACGAUGUUCCUGAGACGAGAUCCGCGAUCGGGCCAGUCAUGCAGCAGUGAACGACGCUGCGACGCUAGAAGAGACAAUAGGGGUCCGCUGUGGCCGCGGAUGAGGUUAGCGCUGCACGAGAAGUGCGCGGACGUGCUCUGCAGCCCUGUAUUGGCAGUGGACGACCGAACUCAUGAUGCCAAAAUAGCCACUUCUAGAGGACUAACAUCACUAGACGGCGGCGUGGGUGAGCAAAGUAUAACUC